CGCGUCUCCCCGCCGUAUUUCCAGAUAAAAAUAUUGACAAUGGUCUUCCAGCAGGGCAGAGCCACAAAGCUUGCCAAGACUCACGGCGAAUAUUUUGCACUUCAACUGCAAGAUAUUCGUUGGGCAAAGGCCUGCAAAAACUCUACUGGAGACGAGAGAGUGGUUCGCAUGAUGCAAGAUCUCAUCGCUGCGAUGUGUUCGCUCAAUCUAGACAGGGAGAGCGCAACUAAGUUUGAGAAAGUAGGAGAAGAUGUUCAGUAUGAGGAUGGAAUGGUCAAAGACCUGGAGGACCAUCCAUUACUAGGACGUCCUGAUGUCCAAAUUGCGUUAGACAACAUUAUGGAAACCCUCCCCGUCGGCGCGAAGAAGCCUACCAGAGACGUUGGGCAAAUUUUGGCCUCAAACUACGAGGUUGCUUAUGACGCUCUAUACAAGGCCGUGCAAGCUGCUCAUAUUAACAUCCGAGCGAUUGAGACUGGCACUCAAAAGAGACAUCUUGAACGCAGCGAGUACGCCGUCAGUGGAACGUCCUUGCCCAGCUCAAUUUCUCCCGGAAGGCACGCUGAACGCAGCCCGUACGCAUUUGAGGGAACUUCUCUGCCCUCUGGAUCUCCUUCAGAGCAUCCAAAACGCAGUGAAUAUGCUUUUGAAGGAACUAUAUUGCCUGAUUCAGGCUGA